AUGUAUCACCUAGCCAAGGGCUUGUACCUCCUAGCCACCAGCAAAGAAGAGUACUCCGUCAUCCUCCUCGGCCUUGACAAUGCCGGCAAGACAACCUUCCACGAGCAAAUCAAGCACUUCUUCCUCGAGUCGCGCCCAGACCCCAAACUCAAAACCGUGCCGACGGUCGGCCAAAACGUCUCGACGAUAUCCCUGCCGGACAUGUACCUCAAGAUCUGGGACGUCGGCGGCCAGCACUCGCUGCGCCGCCUAUGGCAGAGCUACUACGCCUCGGCGCACGCCAUCGUUUUUAUUAUCGACUCGACCGAUAUCGGCGACGGCAAUCUCGAGCACGACAAUGGCUCCGGCCGGCUCGACGAGUGCCGGCUCGUGCUCGAGGAUGUGCUGCAGCACUCCGAGACGGAGGGCGUGCCCGUCCUGGUGCUGGCCAACAAGCAGGACCGCGAGGACUGCGUCGAGGUCGUGAGGAUCAAAGAGGGGCUCGUGAAGAAGGUCUUUGAGGGCGAGAAGGCGAGCAGUAUCCGCGACUCGAGGGUGUUGCCUGUUAGUGCGCUGACGGGGACGGGAGUCAAGGAAGCGGUGGAGUGGGUGAGGUCGCGGGUGAAGUGGAAUAAGGAGUCUAGGCCGCCGGUGAUGCGGUAG